AUGAGUACUUUUAUCAACAACGCAGGUAACUAUAGAAAUAAAACUCUAAACAGUACCAACAAAACAUUAAAUAUAAAUUAUAAAGUUCAGAGUAUAUCUCCGAAUUCUUCUUUAUUUUGUCCUGCAUGUAAUAUACCUUUCACUUAUAAGAUAAGAAUAAAUCCAUGUUAUCAUAUAGUAUGUAAGAAGUGUUAUAAGUUAAGUUUAGAAGAUCAGAAAUGUUUAAUGUGUAAUAAUGAUAUAAAUGACAUAGAGAAUAUAUUUAUAAAAGAUAAAAUAUAUAUAUGUCCACAUAAUGAUUGUAAGAAAGGAUUUAUUAAUGAAAAAAGUUAUCAGUAUCAUAUAUAUUUUAAACAUAAAUUUUUAAAAGAGAAAAAUGAAAUAAAUAGAAAAAGUAGUAAUAAUAGUAGUAUAAAUGGUGAUAUAAAUGAUCAUAUAAAUGAUGAUAUAAAUGAUACAAUAAAUUUUACUACACCUGAUCAAAAAAAUAAUUAUUUAUUAAAUUUUAAUAAUAAUAUGAACAAGGGGGGUGGCAACAUUGGUCUUUCAACAUAUGCAUCUCAAUGGCCUAAUGAACUGGUAAAAAAUAGCAUGGACGGUAAUAUAAACAUAAAUAUGAUCAAUAUGAAUAAUGUGAAUAAUAUGAUUAAUGCAAAUACGAAUGAUAAAGACAAUAUUUCCAAUAAUAAUAUGAACCCAUUUGAUAUAAAAACAAAGAAAUUACAAGAAGGAAAUGAAUCCCUUUUUACAAACAUACCUACAACUAAUACAUUUAUUAAUACGAACAAAUUGAGUACAUCAAAUAUAUUAACAAACAAUAAUAAUAUCACAAGUAAUAAUAACUACAAGUUUUUAAAAAACACCCCAGGGACUGAUACAUGGACUAAUUCUGUUUUUUCCUUCAAAUCUAAUAUUAAUAAAGAUAUUAAUACAAAUAAAAGUGAACAGAAAUUUACAGAUGUGCAGCAUAAUAAAAAUAAUGAAAAAGAUGAUGAGUUAGAUAAUUUAGAGGAUUUUAUGUAG